AUGGGUCGUGUGAUCCGUAACCAGAGGAAGGGCCGUGGCUCCAUUUUCACGGCCAACACCCGUCUUAACAAGGCGCCCGCCCAGUUCCGUACCCUCGACUUCGCCGAGCGCCACGGUUACACCCGUGGUGUUGUCAAGGAGAUCAUCCACGAUGCCGGUCGCGGUGCUCCCCUCGCCAAGGUCCAGUUCCGUCACCCCUACAAGUUCAAGAUGAUCACCGAGACCUUCAUCGCCAACGAGGGCAUGUACACCGGCCAGUUCAUCUACGCCGGUAAGAACGCUCAGCUCACCGUCGGUAACAUUCUUCCCCUCGGCUCCCUGCCCGAGGGUACCGUUGUCACCAACGUCGAGGAGAAGGCUGGUGACCGUGGUGCUCUUGGCCGUACCUCCGGUAACUACGUUACCGUCAUUGGCCACAACCCCGAUGAGGGCAAGACCCGUGUCAAGCUCCCCUCCGGUGCCAAGAAGGUCGUCAAGAACACCGCCCGUGGUAUGGUUGGUAUCGUCGCCGGUGGUGGCCGUACCGACAAGCCUUUGCUCAAGGCUUCCCGUGCCAAGCACAAGUUCGCUGUCAAGCGCAACUCUUGGCCCAAGACUCGUGGUGUUGCCAUGAACCCCGUCGAUCACCCUCACGGUGGUGGUAACCACCAGCACAUCGGUAAGGCCUCGACCAUCUCCCGCUACGCUACCCAGGGUCAAAAGGCUGGUCUCAUUGCUGCCCGCCGUACUGGUCUGCUCCGCGGUACCCAGAAGACCAAGGAUUAA